CCUCAUACUUAAGCAGGCAAAGGUUUUAGACUUCGUAAUUUACAAGGCGUUUUUUUAUCCACAUACACUUUUAAUAAAAUAAAAUCGUUGGUUUCUGCACUGGUUUUUUCUCUGAACAACUACUCCAACAGAUUCCAAACAAGAUGCCGCCGGAAGGGGAGCUCCGAUACCGAUCACCGCCACCAACAGAUUCCACCACCACAAUAGACGACGAGGAGGGCUGGGUGUGGGCCCAGAUAAAAGCGGAAGCGAGGCGCGACGCCGAGUCAGAGCCAGCUUUGGCAAGCUACCUAUAUUCGACAAUUCUGUCUCACUCGUCAUUAGAGAGGUCGCUCUCCUUUCAUUUAGGAAACAAGCUCUGCUCUUCAACGCUUCUCUCAACUCUCUUGUACGAUCUCUUCCUCAACACUUUCACUUCAGACCCUGGCCUUCGCGUCGCUGCUGUUGCUGACCUUCGAGCCGCACGUGCUCGUGACCCUGCUUGCGUUUCUUUCUCUCACUGCCUCCUCAAUUACAAAGGUUUCUUGGCCUGCCAGGCUCAUCGAGUUGCUCACAAGUUGUGGAAUCAGUCUCGUAGGCAACUGGCGUUGGCUUUACACUCUCGAAUCUCUGAUGUUUUUGCUGUUGAUAUACACCCAGCAGCCAAGAUUGGCAAGGGUAUCCUUUUUGAUCACGCUACUGGUGUGGUGAUUGGUGAAACAGCAGUGAUUGGUAAUAAUGUCUCCAUUUUGCAUCAUGUUACACUUGGAGGAACAGGGAAAGCCUGUGGGGAUCGCCACCCCAAGAUUGGUGACGGAGUGUUGAUUGGAGCAGGUGCCACCAUUUUGGGGAAUGUAAAGAUUGGGGAAGGAGCAAAGAUCGGAGCAGGCUCAGUAGUGCUAAUUGAUGUGCCCCCUCGAACCACUGCGGUUGGAAAUCCUGCAAGGUUAGUGGGAGGAAAGGAAAAACCAGCUAAGCAUGAGGAAUGCCCUGGAGAGUCCAUGGAUCAUACUUCAUUUAUCUCUGACUGGUCAGAUUAUAUUAUUUGAUUGGUUUUGCUCCAUACUUGUCUCUUGUUUGUUACUGCAGCUACUUUACUAAUAAUGCUCCUUGUUCGGUUGGUUUUGAGCAGCGUGGUAUGCCUCUUUAUCUAUAAUUAUGCAUGUUUGUAUUGAACAACGACUAUAAUGAAGAACCUUGUCAUAUUUUUAUCU